UGGGACGGGCAAGGGAGGUGCUUCGUGCCAGCUCCGCUCCCUCCCCCACCACCACUUCCCCUGUCUCUGCCCUUUGCCCCCAGCUGGGAACCAGGCGUCUCUGCCGCCCCGGCAGCUCCCGGUGGGUCCCGCAGCAGCGACGGGCGAUGGGGCGAAUCCCCCACAGACCGGGCGGCCCUUGGACGGGGAUUCUCCUGGCAGCCUCCGUCCUGGGCUCCUGCCUCCAGCCGGCGCCGGCCCAGACCCCAGUGACCAUCGUCCUCACCCCGCCGAGCCCCGUGGUGGGAGGGGGCGUCAGCCUGGCCCCGCAGCCACCGCCACAGGGCUUCGUGUCCUGCAGCUGGUACCGAUCAGCGACCACUGAUGAAACCAGCCGGAUCCUCACCUACUUCCCACCUCCAAACCCCAUUCAGCAGAACGGCUCGGCCCACACGGGGCGGGAGACAGCGGGGCCGGGCUGCGCCCUGAACAUCGCGGGGUUAAUGCUCAAUGACACCGGGAACUACACGGUGCAGAUACAGAUCCCUACCGCUGCUACCCCUGUUCUCUCCAUCACGGUGGCUCUGCGCGUCUAUGAAAAGCUUGCCAAGCCCACGGUGACGCUAAACCAAACCCAGGUGCCUGAGAAUGGGACCCUCACCCUCACGUGUAACACUUCCCCCCGUGCCGACACCGUGCUCUGGCUCCAGAACGGGUCGUACCUCACACCCAACACGCGGCUGGAGCUAUCCUCGGAGAACCGGACCCUCACUGUGCUGAAUUUCACCUGGGGCGACACCGGGACCUACCAGUGCGAGGUCGGGAACCCCGUCAACACCAACCGCAGUGAGCCCAGCACCGUGACGCUGGCCUAUGGGCCAGAAUCCGCCAGGAUAGACCCUCCAGGACCCGUCAACCUGACUCUUGGGUCCCGUCUGACCCUGACGUGCGUCGCCGUCUCUGUCCCAGCCCCGAGCUAUUCCUGGUUUCUCAAUGGCACCAAAUUACCCCAGACCGGGAGCAGCUUCACCUUUGACCUGACAACAUUAAAUCUGGGCACGUACAAGUGCCAGGCUCACAACCCUGUCACUGGCCUCACGGCUAGCGCGGAGACCGAGGUGCUGGUCUCUCCUCCAGACGCCCCUCAUCCAGGUGCCCAUUCAAGUCUCUCUACUGGGGCCGUCGCUGGGAUCGUCAUCGGGUCACUGGCGGGGGCGGCGCUGGUCGGAGUCGGGGCCUAUUUCCUCUACUCUCGCUGCCGGAACAAGACCCCCAGGGAGAACGAGGCACCUGUCCUGGUGUACGAGAACCUGCCCCCUACAGCCUGGGCGGGGCCAGUGGCUCAGCCCGGGAGCCCCCCUGACCUCAGCCCCAUGUACCAGACGCUGCAGCCCCGACAGCCGGACGUGUACGAGGAGCUGAAGAAGUGACACCCCCUCCUGCUCCCAGUGCACGGCACAGGGCACCGAGAGGUUCAUGGGGCCCCGGCUCUGAUGUCUCCAGACCAGCCCCCAAAGGGGCUCGGGAGGUCCCUGCCCAGAGCCGGCAGCGCUGGGUGCGGUGACCGUGGUGAGCCGUGUGCCGGGGGCACGGCCGGAGCUGUGUCUGGCCUGGGUCUCAGGGGCUGGUUCCAGCCGGGCAGCGGGAGGCGCCAGGCCCGUCCCUGGCAGACAGGAGGCACUGGGCUGUUCUCUCUGUGCCCGGCUCUGGGGGCACUGGGUGGUGCCGAGCUCGCCAGGCGGCUGGUUCCACCCGGAGCCAGGCCCCAGCAGCAUCUGCACCAGCCCCAGGGAAGCAGCUGGCAGGGAAAAGCGCCCGGGGGGGAGGGUGUUUCUGAGGCCAGAGGCUGGCUUUGGGGGAGGUAUCGUGGGGGGGCACCCAGGGUCCUGCCCCAAGGGGAGCAGCUGCCAGCGGGUUUGUCUCCUGCAGGGAGCGUUGGAGCCUGGCCGGCUGGGAGCCGGACACUGGGGGGAGCUGAACCCCGCAGAAGCUGCCUGGGGCGGGUUCGGGACGUCGGGGCGCUGGGAAGUGCGUUCCCAGUUUAUUCUACAUCUCACCCAUUGUCCCGUUAACUCCAGCGGCGCCUUCUCCCAGCUCUGGGCAAUAAACUCAGCCUGGUUUUCUCUGUAA